AUGAUGAGUGAAGGCAAUGUCUUCGAUCCUUUUGCGGGACACUUCUCGUAUCCUCCCGUUAGACCUACUCAUGGACAGGUCAGCCCUAGCGGUCAAGUGCCUCUUGAAGGCGGCCAGCAGCCCUUUAUCAUGGCAAAUCCUUUCUUGUCCCACUACACAGGCUUCUACGGUAUGGGCCAGCCAGGCUUUAUGCCAAUCCCUCCCUACAAUUUCACCAUGCCUUCUCCCCCUGCCCCCGCUGUCCCUAUGCAGUCCGUUGAGGAGCAGUCCCCUUUGAGCUCCCCGGUCGCUAUCAAAGAGAGUGAGGGCUCAGUUUCGCCCGCUUCUUCUCCAAUUGAAGGCCAGCUCCCAGCGUUUCAGCCGGAGACUUCGCGACCCAUGGCAGAGAGUCCCAACGGACAGAAGCUUGACGAAUUUGAUGUGAGUACCAGCUCUUCUUCAUCUACUUCCUCUUCAUCCACCUCUUCUCCCGCGCCCAAACGAGAGUUAGACUGAUGAUUGAAGGCUGCUUUUGCAUACAAUGAAGAGCUAUUUGGUCACCCCGGACUGUUUGGCUGCAACGAGCUCUUGAGCAACGAGGAGCCAUUUGGCCGCGACUUGCUUCUCGAAUUUCUUAACUCGAGCUAGACUACGCGCGCUACACGGCGGCAGCUUUUCGUCUCGGCAGCAUAUGCAUGCAAGCAAGCAAGAUGAAGCUGUCGAG